GCUUCUGCUGAGUCGGAGGGGAGGACUUGUCAAGAAAAGGAGAGGGCGAGAGGACGAGGUCGAGGGCUGCAGGGUGGCUGUUGGUUUAGUCUCCGAGGCUGCCAGGAUGCAGCCUGAGGCUCAGGGGGACAGUAUGGGGAGGUCUUAACCUCCCCAGCCCUAAAUUUGGGCUACCUGACCUUGCGGGCAAGCCUAUUUCCAAGUAAGCGCUGCUGAGAAGCUCUAGAGACCAGGAAGGAGGGAGACAACCAGAAGUGGGGCGUAGAGGGGGGUGGGGUGGGUAUAUUCUAAGAGCUGCUCCGGCUGCGGGUUUGCUGUGGAAGCUCAGUGAGUGUUAGAAGAGAAGCCCAGUGUCCAAGCUAACAAGGGAGGAACCAAACGAGGAGUGGGGCGCUCUGCGCCAUCCUCCUCAAUGCCUCUCUGAGCAGCAUCUGAAAGAGAGAGAGAGCGCGCCAGAGAGAGAGGAAAAAAGAAGAUGAGGAUUAUUUGCAGACAGCUUGUCUUGUUAUUUUCUGGAUUUUGGGGACUAGCAAUGGGAGCUUUUCCAAGCAGCGUUCAAAUAGGUGGUCUAUUCAUCAGAAACACAGAUCAGGAAUAUACUGCUUUCCGAUUAGCAAUCUUUCUUCAUAACACCAGCCCCAAUGCAUCGGAGGCACCUUUUAAUUUGGUUCCUCAUGUGGACAACAUUGAAACAGCCAACAGCUUCGCUGUAACAAAUGCCUUUUGUUCCCAGUAUUCUCGAGGAGUUUUUGCCAUUUUUGGACUCUAUGAUAAGAGAUCAGUACAUACUUUGACCUCAUUCUGCAGCGCCUUACAUAUCUCCCUCAUCACACCAAGUUUCCCUACGGAGGGGGAGAGUCAGUUUGUGCUGCAACUGAGACCUUCUCUCCGAGGAGCACUCUUGAGUUUGUUGGAUCACUAUGAAUGGAACUGUUUUGUUUUCCUGUAUGACACAGAUAGGGGAUACUCUAUACUUCAAGCUAUUAUGGAAAAAGCAGGACAAAAUGGUUGGCAUGUCAGUGCCAUAUGUGUGGAAAACUUUAAUGAUGCCAGCUACAGAAGACUUCUAGAAGAUCUGGAUAGAAGGCAAGAAAAGAAAUUUGUAAUAGACUGUGAAAUAGAGAGACUUCAAAACAUAUUAGAACAGAUUGUCAGUGUUGGAAAACAUGUUAAAGGAUACCAUUAUAUCAUUGCAAAUCUGGGAUUCAAGGAUAUUUCUCUGGAGAGGUUUAUGCAUGGAGGAGCCAAUGUGACAGGAUUCCAGUUAGUAGAUUUUAAUACACCUAUGGUGACUAAACUCAUGCAGCGCUGGAAAAAACUAGAUCAAAGAGAGUACCCAGGAUCAGAGACACCUCCUAAGUAUACAUCUGCCUUGACAUAUGAUGGGGUGCUUGUGAUGGCGGAAACUUUUCGCAAUCUUAGACGACAGAAAAUUGAUAUUUCAAGGAGGGGGAAUGCUGGAGAUUGUCUGGCCAAUCCUGCUGCACCAUGGGGCCAGGGAAUAGAUAUGGAGAGGACACUCAAACAGGUUCGAAUUCAAGGGUUGACAGGAAAUGUUCAAUUUGACCACUAUGGACGAAGAGUCAACUACACAAUGGACGUAUUUGAGCUGAAGAGUACAGGACCCAGAAAGGUUGGUUAUUGGAAUGAUAUGGAUAAACUAGUUCUAAUUCAAGAUGUACCCACACUUGGCAAUGACACUGCAGCUGUUGAAAAUAGAACAGUUGUUGUAACCACAAUCAUGGAAUCCCCAUAUGUUAUGUACAAGAAAAACCAUGAAAUGUUUGAAGGGAAUGACAAAUAUGAAGGAUACUGUGUAGAUUUGGCUUCUGAAAUUGCAAAACAUAUUGGUAUCAAGUACAAAAUUGCCAUUGUCCCAGAUGGAAAAUAUGGAGCAAGGGAUGCAGAUACAAAAAUCUGGAAUGGGAUGGUAGGAGAACUUGUUUAUGGGAAAGCAGAGAUUGCUAUCGCCCCACUAACAAUCACUUUGGUCCGAGAAGAGGUUAUUGACUUUUCAAAGCCCUUCAUGAGUUUGGGCAUAUCCAUUAUGAUUAAAAAGCCUCAGAAAUCUAAACCAGGAGUCUUUUCCUUCUUGGAUCCUUUGGCCUAUGAAAUCUGGAUGUGCAUAGUUUUUGCCUACAUUGGUGUCAGUGUGGUCCUAUUCCUAGUUAGUAGAUUUAGUCCAUAUGAGUGGCACACAGAAGAGCCAGAGGAUGGAAAAGAAGGACCAAGUGACCAGCCUCCCAAUGAGUUUGGUAUUUUUAACAGCCUCUGGUUUUCCCUGGGUGCCUUUAUGCAGCAAGGAUGUGACAUUUCACCAAGAUCCCUCUCAGGUCGAAUUGUUGGAGGUGUUUGGUGGUUCUUUACACUCAUCAUCAUCUCAUCUUACACGGCAAACCUUGCUGCAUUCUUGACAGUUGAGCGGAUGGUCUCCCCAAUAGAAAGUGCAGAGGACCUUGCCAAACAAACUGAAAUUGCAUAUGGAACAUUGGACUCUGGGUCAACAAAAGAAUUCUUCAGAAGAUCAAAAAUAGCUGUCUAUGAAAAGAUGUGGACCUACAUGAAAUCAGCGGAGCCUUCAGUAUUCACUAGGACUACAGCUGAGGGAGUAGCACGUGUCCGCAAAUCCAAGGGAAAAUUUGCCUUCCUCCUGGAGUCUACUAUGAAUGAAUACAUUGAACAGCGAAAGCCGUGUGACACCAUGAAAGUUGGAGGAAAUCUGGAUUCGAAAGGCUAUGGAGUAGCAACGCCUAAGGGUUCCUCAUUAAGAACUCCUGUAAACCUUGCCGUUUUGAAACUCAGUGAGGCAGGCGUCUUAGACAAGCUGAAAAACAAAUGGUGGUACGAUAAAGGUGAAUGUGGACCCAAGGACUCUGGAAGCAAGGACAAGACGAGUGCCUUGAGCCUGAGCAACGUAGCUGGAGUCUUCUACAUUCUGGUUGGCGGCUUGGGCUUGGCCAUGCUGGUGGCUUUGAUAGAGUUCUGUUACAAGUCCAGGGCAGAGGCAAAGCGAAUGAAGCUGACCUUUUCUGAAGCCAUAAGAAACAAAGCCAGAUUAUCCAUCACAGGGAGUGUCGGAGAAAAUGGCCGUGUAUUGACUCCAGACUGCCCCAAAGCUGUACAUUCUGGAACUGCCAUUAGACAAAGUUCAGGAUUGGCUGUAAUUGCAUCGGACCUACCAUAAAAACCAAAAAAACAAUUGAGUGCCUUAAUUAAAACUGUGUUGGUGACUGAUGGAAACACAGCACAGCCUGUCACGACAUGGGAGUGUCAUUGAUGAACUCCAAAAUUUGACUGAGAACGGGAAGUACGUCCAAAUGCGCCAGACAUCAUCAGCAACAAUGUGUGCAUGAGCUCAGCUCGGAAACCCAAACUCAGAUUUUAUAUCAGGAAAAUUCAUAAUUUAGAUUUUUGGGGGGUGGGAGGGGAGGGAGCAGGGACGGGUGUAUUAACAGCAACAAAUUUCACUCGAGUGGACUUAAAACUAAUAAGACUUGCCGAUUAGCGCAUUAAACUGUGAGGGACUUGCUCAGAAAGGACUACACUUUUACCUUGGACUUCACCAAGAGGGAUUAAAUAGCUAUAGAAGUCAAUGAACAUGCUAACCUGUGUCUCCUGAACAUUAAUGUAUUCAAGGAAGAAUAUCCAGCUAUGGAAAUGAGUCACAAAACUGUGAUGAGAAAAUAAUAAACAAACAUGUAAAUCCUGUGAAAAGUAAAUGAAAUUAUUUACAUUUCCUUUGAGGAAAAAAGAGGAAUAUUGAAACAUGCUUGCUUUUUAACUGAUGUAAAUUCGGUAGAGGACAACACAAUUCUUUUUUCUAACCAUCUUAGGGAACAAUUCAUUGCAAUAAUUGAUAUAAAUGGCAUCACUGUAAUAAAAUUCAGAGACUUUUUUUUUUAUAAAAGUUGUUGACCAUCUUAUUGUUUGCUGUUAUCUUCAUUCUGUUACACAUCAGUGUCCCACAGGUCACAUCUGUCUAAGUAGGAGAAACAAAACAAAAAGAAAAAAAUGUUGACAUUACAUCAUCAGUCUGCAGUGUAGAAUCAAAAGAGACUACGGGUCACUCAUGCUACCAAUAUUAUUUAUAAUCUUGUUCUGUGUACAAAAUUGUGGUUUUUGUACCCAACAAAAAGAAUAAAACAACAAACGUUCUUAUAAUAUCUA